AGACACGAUGAAAUUUCUUGGCGCAUGUUUUCCCUCCCCUUAGUCUUCGGGAACCCUAGCCUACGGUGUCUUUCUCCUCUCCUCAUCACGCGAUCUCUUCACGUUCCCUCUCCUCACAAAAUCUCCUCUUCCCGAUCUCCUCACACAAUCUCCUCCACUCACACGUUUUUGCCUUCCACCCCUUUACACGAACCCCUCUCCUCAAAACUCCUCUCUGCCUAAACCUCUCUUGCUGAACAUCUCCGACGAACCCCUCUCCUAGAACUUCUCCUUCGAACUCCUCUCAGACUAACCCUUUCGUGGCUCAUCCUUUGCUCCUGUCGACUCGUCUCUCACUCUCUUGGCGGUUUCCUCGGUGAUCAAGCAAGAAGCGGCAUGGGAUUCUUUAGGAGCCUCAUCCGACUGCCCGGCCCAACUGGGUUCGACUUCAGUUCCACAUACAAGCAGGUCACUGAGGGCAUCGACGCUUCCAAGCAGACCGUCAUUGUCACCGGUUUGUCCAUCCCUAGGAUAUGGAGCAUCACUCUUUGAAAAUCUGUUCUUGCUUAAGUGAGCUUGGCUUUUUUUGAACUCUAGCUUGAUUCGUGUUUUGAUGCAUAGAUCUGAUUUGUUUCCGACUUGAUUUUGGUGCCUAAUUCAUCCAAACUCCCACUCUUUCCUCACUGCUCGUUUGGUGAUGGCUCCUUUUUAUAUUGAAAAAACUUUUAAAAUGUUAAUUCUUAUUUUAAUUUACUAAUGUUGUUUGCUGAUCGCUAUACUAAUAUUAUGUCAAUGAAUGAGAAUCUCUCUUCUAGAUUUUGCUGAUCGCCUACACCAAAAUUCUGGAUUCUUGCAUUCGUUUCAAAUUGCUCGAAGACGACAAAGAGAUUCAUCGCCAGAUCAUAGGUCACAGGUAUUUCGCCGGAAACUAUUCUCUUCUCGAAAAGAUUGUUCAGAUGUACAUAUCAUGCGGCGAGAUUGAGUCUGCCCGUCUCGCGUUCGACGAUUUACUGCAACCAAGUGUCUUCCUGUGGAACGCCAUGAUCAGGGCUUACGCUUGGAAUGGGCCCUUUGGUCGUGCCGUUGAGCUAUACCAGAGAAUGCUCGAUACAGGAAUCGAGCCGAACAAGUUCACAUUUCCGUUUGUCUUGAAGGCUUGUUCAGCUCUGGAGGCGCUUACGGAUGGAAUUCUGAUACACGAGCACGCCAAGAAGGCAGGGCUGGAACUGGAUGUGUUUGUGUCUACUGCUUUGCUCGACAUGUAUUUGAAAUGUGGCUGCUUAGAUGAUGCACACGAGGUGUUCUGCAGAAUGCCCCAAAAAGAUGUUGUUGCAUGGAACGCUUUGGUCUCUAGUUACGCACUGAAUGGGAGGUACCAAGAAGCAGUUCGUUGUCUUCUUCAAAUGCAACGGACAGGAAACAUACCGAACCCUUCCACAAUAGUGGCCCUCCUACCUAUCGUCGGCCAAGCGAAGGCCCUGAUACAAGGAAAAAGUAUCCAUGCAGUCUGUAUCAGAAGACGCAUCGAUAAAGGCGAUGUUCUGGUUAAUACUGCAUUGCUGGACAUGUAUGGAAAAUCCGAGUGCUUGGUUCGUGCUCGUAGAAUAUUCGACAACAUGAGCUUCAGGAACGAGAUGACAUGGAGUGCGAUGAUCGGAUGCUACACUCUAUGUGGCAGGAUGGCGGAGGCAUUGCAAAUUUUCAGAAACAAUGCUGGCGUGAUGAACUGUCCUUAUAAACUCUCAACUCUCAGAAGAUGGUAUAGAGAUGCAAUUUGCUACAAAUCAUCUGGGUCACUUUUUGUUGACAAAUCUUCUACUUGAGAAAAUGAAAAAUAUAGCAAAGGAGUCAGGAAUCGAAGGGCGUAUUGUGAAUCUAUCAUCUGUAGCUCACAUUGGGAUUUGAAAAUGAAAAAAUCAAUUGUUGUACAACAAAAUUUGGAUCUUUAAACAUGAAUCUGCAUCCUCAAAGGAAAAGAAGUGUUGUCCAAAGAAAUAACCCAAUUAUUUCAUCAAGUGUGCCAAGGUCAUUGCAUCUACUGUAUUGUUAUUGUAAGCAUGCUCUAAAUGAUGAAACAAAUAUAUCAAUGAUUUGUGGGCAUGGUUUCUUUGACGAUGAUUAUGAAAUCCUUGUGCACCUUGAAGAUAUCAUUCCUUUUUAUCAUUUGGAUCUCAUAACUGCAAAUUGUAUAGUAAUUUAUAUGUGGUAAGUCUUCUUAUUCUAUUUAUUUACCAUAUAAAUUGUAUAAACUUUAUUAAUUUAGCAUUGUAACAUUCUUCUUUUUGAAAUGGUAGACAUCUUUAUAAAAAGCUAAAAACAUAUAACAAUAUCCACAAAAUUAGAUUUGUGAAUCCACACAUUAUCCCAUAUGUGCCAUGUGUGACUCGACUGGACAAAAAUAGCAAAAUCGAGUACUUGAAUAAAAGAGCUAGUGUUUUGGCAGAUAAGUUAAGUCAAGCAUCAAGAAAUAAACUAAUUUUAGUGCCACAUAAUGUUGGGUAAGUAAGACUUAUAAUAUCAGUUUUAAUUUAUUGUUUUAAGAAAUAUACAUGCAAUAAUUAUGUGAUUUGUGCAUAGUUAUCAUUGGAUUCUCACUAUAAUUAAUCCAUAUAAGGAGACAGUUUAUUUGUUGGAUUCGCUUAGUCAUCGCAUUCGUGACGAGGACUGGAAAUACGUAGUGGAUAUGUGAGUACAUAUUUUAAUUUUAUUAAGUAUUUUUUUAAUCAGUAAAACUCUCAUAUGUCCAUUCUUAUUGAUGUAUAAAGGAGCAUAAGAUUGUUUAAUUCAAACAAGGAAAAAAAAAGGGAAAACACAUGUUACAUGGAAAGUAAUAAAGGUAUGCAUGUCUACGUAUGGUUAAAUUAUAAACAAUUAAACAUGUAUAUUAGACAUUUACAAUUUGUUUUUAACAUAGGGUCCUCGCCAACCAGAUUCGAAACAGUGUGGUUUUUAUGUGAUGAGAUAUAUGAGAGAUAUUAUUGAAGAAGUGGAAACUAUCGAGAGAGAUUCACUUCAAUCAAUA